AUGGUACCAGCUUCAGAGCAACUUAUUACGAACAAAUUAAUUUGGAAGAAGAAAAAGGGAUGGUCGAAAAUAAAAUCUCAGUUGUGCGAAGUUCAGCACAAUGCGUAUGUUGUUCCGUUUAAUCAAAACUUAAUAAAUCUUAUGAUGAAUGAUGCCGUAAGAGAUAAUGUUGAUAAUCCUUUAACCCAUAAGAAUGGUAUUUUCCGUACAGUACUCGAUGGCGAAUAUUAUAAAAAAAAUGUUUUUUUCCAAGAAAAUCUUAAUGCUUUAGCUAUAAUUUUAUACAUGGAUGAGUUAGGAGUGGCCAAUCCAUUGGCUUCUAGUUCAAAAACUCAAAAACUGACUAUGUUUUAUUGGACUUUAGCUAAUAUUAAACCAGAGUUACGUUCAUCCCAAAAUACUAUACAAUUAUUAGCUAUUGUCAAAAGUUGCUAUCUAAAAAAUCCUGGCGCUUUGAAAAAAGUCUUGCUGCCUUUCAUCAAUGAUAUAAAAAUUUUGCAAACUGAAGGAAUCAAUGUCACUGUAAAUGGUAUUGUAAAAAAUUAUAAAGGUUCCUUGUUAUUUUUUUCGGGUGAUACUCCUGCAUCUGCUUUGAUGGGAGGUUUUAAAGAAUCUGUUUCUGCAUAUCGUCCAUGCCGAACUUGCAUGCUUACGAGAGAUGAGAUUAAGCAACAUUUUCAUGAGACUAAUUUUAUUUUACGAAACAAAGAUACACAUGGAGAAUAUCUGGAUGAAAUCAAUGAAAAUACUACUAAAGCUACAAAAAAAUUCUGGCAAGUAUUUUACGGAAUAAAUACCGCGAGCCCAUUAACAGAUAUUCAAUAUUUUGAUGUAACUAAAUGUUUACCACAAGACUGUAUGCACGUUUUAAAUGAAGGGGUCACUGAACUUUUAUGCCGAUUAUUUUUAAAUUAUUGCAUUACAGAAAAAGCAUUGUUUACUAUUAAGCAGUUUAAUGAACAGUUGAUUGCAUUUGACUUUGGACACUUUAGUCGAGAUAAACCUGCGAUAAUUCAAAAUAAUGAUCUUUCUGAUGAUAAAAAAUUGCGUCAAAGUGCAGCACAAAUGUUUGUUUUAGCACAUACUUUACCAUUCUUAAUUGGUCAAUGGAUCUAUGAUAGCAAAGAUGAGGAUAUUAUUGAAAGACAAGAUUGUUUUAUUUUAUUACUUCAGAUUAUGAACUUAUGUCUGGCAUACGAAAUAAGUAACGACUCAGUUGAUACUUUAAGUCGUAUGAUUGAAGAAUUUCCAGAUAAAUUUAUCCCCAAAAUUCACUUUUUAGAACAUAUUCCACAGUAUAUAAGACUGUUUGGUCCCGAAUUAUAUAUCCUCUAUUACUUAUAUUUCUUUUUAGAUAUUUUAAACCAUUUUAUAAAGUAA